AUGCUGUUGAAAAGGGAGAGCUUCAUUGAUAAACUGGAACAAAUUAUUGAGAGUCAACGCAAAGGCAAGAAUCACACAAUUCGCCUAGUAUUUAAACGAUAUAUAGAGGGAAAUAGGAAUUGGAAGAGAGUCAAAAUUGAACAGCCGGCUGAUGGUGCCGUUUAUUGUCUAGUUAGGACUAAAAUUGGCAAUGUCAAGAUCAGCACAAAGGUGGAUUCUGGGAGCGUUGACAGAUUCAUGGAACGUCUGUCCAAAAUUAUAGACUCAGUUUGA